GUAGACGACUCGGAGCCCGUGUAGCCCCCGCCCCAGCCCGACAGCGAUCGCGGACACGCCUCCGGAAGACCCGGAGACACCCAGCGCCGGGACCGCGAGAGAGACCGCCGCGCGGUGGCGCCCAACUCGCGCGAGAACUGGCCUGGACGCGCCCGCACCUUCUUUAAUGCCCCUGUUGACGGAGAGGAAGUUCCGGAGAACCUCAGCGCGCAGACGCGACACGCCAGCCUCGCGCCAGCGCGCCCUAAGUGCGCAAGCGCGCCGGCCGUUCUCUUUUUCUGCUCUUCCUUCUCCCGGUCUCCAGACGUCAGCGGCCGUUGGGUCCUAUGUCGCGCCGGGCCCUCCGGAGGCUGAGGGGGGAACAGCGCGGCCAGGAGCCCCUCGGGCCCGGCGCCCUGCAGUUUGUCCUCCACGAUGACGAUGAUGCGGAAGAAGAAGGUUCAAAGCGGGGUCCAGGUGGCCAGCGCCCCCGAGGCGCAGGGAAGGAGGGCGUCUGCGUCAACAACCGGUUCGAGCUGAUAAACAUUGAAGACCUUGAGGAGGGACCUGUGCUGAAUGGGGAGAGACCCGAUUGUCUGCUCACAGACGCUGUGGUGUCAGGGAACAAAAGGAGGUCCCAGAGUGGAGGUGCAGAAAGCAAGAAAGCUGGAGAAGUGGCUGACAAGGCAGCGCCCCCAGAGCAGUCUAAUAUGAGUGGCAAACUCCGAAAGAAGAAAAAGAAACAGAAAAAUAAGAAAAACUCUACAGGAGAAAUUUUGGAACAUGGGCUGGAAGAUAUCGAUCGCAUCUUGGAGAGGAUUGAGGACAGCAGUGGUUUCAACCGCCCCGGGCCGCCUCCCCUGAGCUCCAAGAAGCACGUCCUGUAUGUGGAACACAGACACUUGAAUCCAGACACAGAACUGAAAAGGUAUUUUGGUGCUCGAGCUGUCCUGGGGGAACAAAGGACUUUGUGUAGGAGGUGUGGGUGUUCAGCUUUCCGGAUGCCCAGCACCGAGUCCACUUCUGACCGGAAGCGCCCACACCAGCGGAAGCUUUGUCUUUUCACGCCGAGGCAGAGGCAGCGUGUGUACCCCAAGUGUACAUGGCUGACGACCCCGAAGAGCACCUGGCCACGGUAUACCAAACCAGGUCUGUCCAUGCGGCUGCUGGAGUCCAAGAAGGGCCUCUCCUCCUUUGCGUUCGAGCACAGUGAGGAGUACCAGCAGACACAGCACAAAUUCCUGGCUGCCGUGGAGUCCAUGGAGCCCAACAACAUCGUGGUUCUGCUCCAGACCAGCCCAUACCACGUUGACUCGCUUCUGCAGCUCAGCGAUGCUUGUCGCUUUCAGGAGGAUCAGGAGAUGGCCCGAGACCUUGUGGAGAGAGCGCUGUACAGCAUGGAGUGUGCCUUCCACCCCUUAUUCAGCCUCACUAGCGGGACCUGCCGGCUGGAUUACCGCAGACCUGAGAACAGGAGCUUCUACCUGGCCCUCUACAAGCAGAUGAGCUUCCUGGAGAAGCGUGGCUGCCCGCGCACAGCGCUGGAGUUCUGCAAGCUCAUUCUGAGCCUGGAGCCCGACGAGGACCCGCUGUGCAUGCUGCUGCUCAUCGACCACCUGGCCUUGCGGGCGCGUAACUACGAGUACCUGAUCCGCCUCUUUCAGGAGUGGGAGGCUCAUCGGAACCUGUCUCAGCUCCCAAAUUUUGCCUUCUCUGUGCCGUUGGCUUAUUUCCUGCUGAGUCAGCAAGCAGACCUCCCCGAGCAGGAGCUCAGCUCUGCAAGGGAGCAGGCCUCUAUCCUGAUCCGACAGGCGCUCACCAUGUUCCCUGGAGUCCUCCUGCCUCUGCUCGAGUACUGCAGCAUGCGGCCCGAUGCUGCUGUCGCCACUCACCGCUUCUUUGGACCGGAUGCCGAGAUCAGCCAGCCCCCUGCCCUGAGCCAGCUGGUGAGCCUCUACCUCGGAAGGUCGCACUUCCUCUGGAAGGAGCCCGCCACCAUGAGCUGGCUAGAGGAGAACGUCCGCGAGGUUCUGCAGGCGGUGGACUCUGGGGACCCCGCGGUGGAAGCAUGUGAGAGCAGGCGGAAAGUGCUCUACCAGCGCGCGCCCAGAAACAUCCACCGCCACGUGGUCCUGUCCGAGGUCAAGGAAGCUGUUGCCGCCCUCCCCCCGGACGUGACCACGCAGUCUGUGAUGGGCUUUGACCCUCUGCCUCCCUUGGACACCAUCUACUCCUACGUCAGACCAGAGAGGCUGAGUCCUGUCAGCCAUGGAAACACAAUUGCUCUCUUCUUCCGGUCUUUGUUGCCCAAUUAUACCAUGGAGGUAUGUGAGCAUGUCUUGGUCUCUCUCUGCCACGUGGGUUCAGGCCGGGCCGUGGGGUUGUGCACGUCUAGAGGCUUUACUGGCGCCAGCAGCCAACCUGCUCAGGAGACCGGGACAUGCCCACCUGAGACCGUAGCCGCCACCUUGGCCCCUCAACUCAGCGUGGCUCCUUGACCUCCCGCUGGGGCCUGGCCUUGUUCGUCAAACGUGUUUGGGUUGAGGAGCUCCCUUUUCCCGGCAGGGUCCUGGGCAAGCUGGGUUGGGAGCGCUGGGCCUCAGGGCCCAGAACAACCCUGCUCAGACAAGUCUCAUUG